CUGAGUAGGGGAGGAAGACAGUGAUGUCUGUCUUGACUUGAAACAAGAUCAAAAUACCGCUUAAUGUUUGUGUGUGUGUGCUUUCAGUUGUUUAUUGAAGAAUUAAUCACUUUGAACUUGUAGAUGUCCUCGCUGUUGUCUAUUUACUCUCAAAUUAAUUCCUACUGCUAUUUUCUGCUGAAACUUUUACAUACCGAUUGCUUUGUAUUAUCAAUUAUGUGAUCAGCGUGAAAAUCCGGAUGUAUGUUUUUUUUAUUGUUCAGUGUUUUAUGAUGUGAUUUUGACCAUGGCUUGUUGUGCCAUACGAUGUAUACUUUUAUCUGUUUGCACUAUUCAGCUGGUAUCUCUGAUACAGCGUCAGGUUUUGGAUUUUUUAGGGUACAUGUGGACACCCAUAAUAGUAAAUUUUAUUCAAAUUAUUAUAACCAUUUUAGGAAUUUUUGGAACUUAUCAAUAUAAAAUAAAAUAUUUAAUGUGUUAUGUUGUUUGGACUUCUUUGUGGUUGGGAUGGAAUAUCUUUGUCAUCUGCGUGUAUUUUGAAGCUGGUAUUCUAACGAGAGAUACAGAUGUCUUGAAUAUGGGUACUGGUAGCCAUAGCUGGUGGCUUGUGAAUGGCGCAGGAUGUAGGCCUAUUUACAAUUCUUCUUAUGAUGAUCCUUAUUUGUUUCCUACUCCUACUUCUGUUGAAGGAUGUGUUCUAGAAUAUUUUUACAUUGAAGCUAUACAAGCUGGCCUUCAGUGUUUCCUAGCUAUUUUAGGAAUACUUGCUGCAUGUGGUACAAUUUAUGUCUUUAGUAGAGAUGAAGAUUCUUGUUCGGUAAAACAGAUCAGGAAUUUACCAUAUAGCAUUGAAUAUCACAACAAUACAGCGCCUCCCGAUCUCAAUUCCAAUGCCUGCCAGCGCCCCAUGACCCCAAGAAAAGUUAAACAAAGGUCAACACGUUCCAAGCGUGGCUCCAGAAGACGCUAUUACCAAAACCCUGUCACAAAACUCAUAAACCAAUCAAGUCAACAGAACAAUUUUAAUUCUGACUAUUAUCCAGCACAAACCAAUCCUUCUUUCUCCAUGUCUGAACCUCCUUCAGAAAGUGGAUCGAGACCAACUUCUGUACUUUUCCUGAAUGGAAGACCUAGUCCUAUAUACAUGAAUGAAUCGGAUACUGUGAUCUGACAGAUUGUCAAAUCUGACUUGAUUCAAAUGUAAAUGAUACUGAAUCUUUGCUCAGGGAUAGUACCUGUUUCAUCCGAGAUAUUCCAGAAGGUAAAAAUGUGGAUUGCUAUUUGUGCCUUGUAAAAUUUAAAAUUAGUAUGUGGUCAAUGACAAUUCAAGUUGGCAAGUAUGCAGAGAGUAUGAGAGUAUUACAUCCCUGGUGAAAGAUACAAUAUGUUUUCCAGAUCUUUAAAAGACUUAAAAUGAUCCCUUUUAAAUUACUACCCAACUUAAUUUCAAACUUAAAUUAUGUUAAAUACCUAUAAGUAUAACCUAUAAAAUUAAAAUUCUGAUUUUUGAUUGGUUUCUUUUUUUCUUCUUUUUUUUUAAUAUGUAGAAAAUUAUUUUUAAAGACUUGUUUAUAUAUGUAUAGUAGUAGGUAUAAAAAUAUGGUAAAAUAUAUAUAUAAAAAAAAAUUCCUUGUAUCAUAUCAAAUAAAUAAAUGAAAGGGGGGGGAAUUCAAAUUGACCCCACUUUAACUUUGAAGUGUUGUAUAUAUGCCUGUGGAAAAUUGUUUCAGAUUUUCAAGUGAUAAACAAAGCAAAAAGAAAUAAAGAAAAGGAUUUUUUAACCAUGAAAAUGAACUGCAUUUGUCAUUUAAUUAGUUGUGCCUAGCAUUAAGGGGUACGAUAAAAUUUUAUUCAGAAUAUUGGCUAUUGAUUUUUUUAAACUGUAUUUUGUUUAAAUAUAUAGUGGUUAUUUUUGAAAUACAUUGGAACUAUUUAAUACAAUGGAAUAAUACUGAGAACUUUUCUCAUAUUGCCAACUUGAAUUGUAGUUAACUGUAAUUUUCUUAAUUCUUCUUAUACAUUUACACUGCACAUUUGAUUUACAAUAUGUGUUUAAAAGGAAAAAUAUAUACUUUAUUUUUGCUGCCAAAGGAAAUUUAAUAUUUCUGAUCAUAGAUAAAGCUGCAAUACAUGCUGGGACCAAUUUUUCAUAACAAGAAUUUUUUUUAAAUAUGAUAUAAGAAAUAUACAUGGUGAAAUUUUAUAUGAUUUUUUAAAAGUUUUAAAUGAAGUUUUAUAUUUAAUUUAUAAGUUUUAUCACACUUCUUUCCCUUUUAAUAUAGCAUUGACUUUUCUAAUAUUUUUAAAUAGUAUAAUUAGAUUCAGAUUAGUGUGUAUAAAACUGAAUAUUUUAAAUUCUACUAUUCAUUGAAGAUAAAUAAAAUUAUUUUUAUUUUAUAAAUGAUGAGACAUAUAUACUCCUGAAAAAAAGACACUAAACAUUAUUAAAAAGAAGAAAAAAAUACUUUUCUUAAUUUCUUCUCUAUGUGGUUUUAACCCUCCCAGUGGCCGUACUGGCCUUUUCUGAUCAUAAUGUUUAUUUCUAUUCGUAUUUAUUUGUACAAUUUUUGUAAAGCAUGAGAGAAAAAGAUCUUCAGAUUAGUAAAUUUCAGUGUAUAUAAAUAGCUUGGCUAUUAAUUUGACAGCUGAAAAUUAUUAGUUCUAAGCUAAUUGAAGCUUUAAAUUUAAAACAGAUUAAAGUGAAAAAAAAAAGUUAUUUUACAUUUGGCAUGUUUUUUUCCGAGGAGAGGAAUCAUAUUAUUCCCAGUUUCUGAAUACCCAUUGAAAUGUACAUGUUAUGUAUUCCAAUGGAAGUAAAAAUUCCCAUUUCUAAAUUGUUUAAUAAUGCAUGAUUAUAUUGUUCUUAAUAAGAACAAUUGCUCCAUUAAAUAUGUAUUUUAUACAUGUCAUUAAUUCCUGCAUGAUUCAGCUGUAAUGUAACUUUUAUUUGUCUAUCUUUUGUAUUAUGAAGGUUCCUUAUAUGCUCUAAAUCAUUUAAACUACAGGCAGCUUUUGUAAUCUAAGUUACUAUAUUGAAAAAAGGUAUAUACAUACCUAUUCUGAGUUCCUGAAUAACUUAAUUUGCCAAAUUAGUUUUGGUUUUGAAAGUUUAAAUUUCUUUGGCAUUUUUUUUAGAUCUUUAGAGCCAAAAUGAGUAUUCAUUGCACUAAAUGCAGCUGUUAUAACAGUAACAAAAGAAUUGAAUUUUUUUAUCAGUUUUGUGUUUAGAUUGAUUUAUUUAAUAUAACUAUUCACAUUUUCACAGCUACCAUGGUAGUUGAAAAUAUGAUAUUUAGUGAUUGCUUCUGUUAUUCGAGAAAAGCAUUCCAAAAAUCUAAAUAUAUUCUCUUAAAAUAACAAUAUUGAUAUAAUUUUUAAAUAAUUACAAUAUUUUUUCAAAUGAUAAUGAAAUUAUUGCAAAAAACGUUGUUAUUUUUAAAAUUAUUUUAAUUGGUAUGCUUUUGUAUAUAU